CUAUUUUGUCGCAAAGGCUUUUUUGUGCAUUAGCAGCAGGAUGUCUGGUAGAGGCAAGGGCGGGAAGGGGCUCGGCAAGGGCGGCGCCAAGCGCCACCGCAAGGUGCUGCGCGACAACAUCCAGGGCAUCACCAAGCCGGCCAUCCGCCGCCUGGCUCGGCGCGGCGGCGUCAAGCGCAUCUCGGGGCUCAUCUACGAGGAGACUCGCGGAGUGCUGAAGGUGUUCCUGGAGAACGUGAUCCGCGACGCUGUCACCUACACCGAGCACGCCAAGAGGAAGACCGUGACAGCCAUGGACGUGGUCUACGCCCUCAAGCGCCAGGGACGCACCCUCUACGGCUUCGGCGGCUUAAUGGCGCGCACGAAGCAGACGGCGCGUAAGUCGACGGGCGGGAAGGCGCCCCGCAAGCAGCUGGCCACCAAGGCUGCCCGCAAGAGCGCGCCGGCCACCGGCGGCGUGAAGAAGCCGCACCGCUACCGGCCCGGCACGGUGGCGCUGCGCGAGAUCCGGCGCUACCAGAAGUCGACGGAGCUGCUGAUCCGCAAGCUGCCCUUCCAGCGCCUGGUGCGCGAGAUCGCGCAGGACUUCAAGACCGACCUGCGCUUCCAGAGCUCGGCCGUCAUGGCGCUGCAGGAGGCCAGCGAGGCCUACCUGGUGGGGCUGUUCGAGGACACCAACCUCGGAGUCAUGUCUGGCAGAGGCAAGGGCGGGAAGGGGCUCGGCAAGGGGGGCGCCAAGCGCCACCGCAAGGUGCUGCGCGACAACAUCCAGGGCAUCACCAAGCCGGCCAUCCGCCGCCUGGCUCGGCGCGGCGGCGUCAAGCGCAUCUCGGGGCUCAUCUACGAGGAGACUCGCGGAGUGCUGAAGGUGUUCCUGGAGAACGUGAUCCGCGACGCUGUCACCUACACCGAGCACGCCAAGAGGAAGACCGUGACAGCCAUGGACGUGGUCUACGCCCUCAAGCGCCAGGGACGCACCCUCUACGGUUUCGGCGGCUAAAGCUUUUUGUUUCUACAUUAUCUAAAUCAAAGGCUCUUUUAAGAGCCAC